UGUUAGUCUGUGAUUGGUCAGAAUUUAGAAGAAUUUUGGCGACAAUUUUAAAUGGUGGUUUCGAGAGCUUAUUAUUUGGGCUUAUAAAUGAGCACAAAGGAACAACACAACAAAUCAUGGAAGAAAACAGUGAAUGUACUGAUGUUUCAAUUAAUCCCUUUGAAGCAGAAAGCACCGAUAGUCUUCAUCUCUCCAAGUUUAGUCCAUCUAUCUUCAAAAUAAAAAAUACCCCUUCCUCUUUAACAAAGAAACCAAGCAAGUUUAGGUGGUCAAUUGAUCAAAUGGCCAUCCUGCACCCAGCUGAUAUAGAUGAGACACCGCAGCAAGACACUCAAGUUGAUCAGGAUGCUGAACAACGCAUCCAGGAAGCUAUUGAUAAAUUUUUCAGUCAAAACAAAGUAGUUCCUUCACCGUGGUCUUCUGGGAAACCUGUGAAACAUGUGACAUUCUCACCGCAUCCACCAAGUACAAAUUAUUAUGAUAUCAAGUCAGCUGAUAAUUCAGCAGCUUCAUUAUGUGACACAUCAUUUGCUAAUGCUAAGCCAAAUAUGACUGAUGCAUCCUGUCAGACGUGCUUAACAUUGCCUCUUGAUUUUGAUUUACAUUCUUUGCUCCAAUCAUUUUACAGCUUUCAACAGGGGAAUAUGGAUGAGAUUCUGUCGACUUCUUCACUUCGUCGCAAACUGUUCUUACCAUCGACAGAAUCAGAAUCAAGUUCUAGUAUGAAUUACGUUCAAUCAAGUCGGUGUGAAAACAGUGUGUUUCCUCCAGCAUCUCUCUCCCUAUCGCCAAUCAAUUCAAUUAAACAUGGUAAUGUCUUAGCUGAUAGAGAAACACCAAACACACCAGCUUCUGUUAAGAGUCAGUUCUCCUCCAGUCCAAAAUCAACCCCUUCAUUUACACCUAUUGGCAAGAAGUAUGCUUCAUUAAUAUCAUCAGAUAUUGAGUCUCCUCCAUUCUCACCCAUAAAAAUGGACUCCCUGAAAAAUCCAGUAGAUAAUCACAGAGUACGGAUGCACCCCAUAGAGAACACACCUUGUGGUAGAACCAAGUCCAUGCUUUAUUUCGACGUGCCAGAAGUAUCACCAAUCCAUGGACCCAUAAGUAGUCAAAAUAACCUUAUCAAAUUUGACAGGAAAUGUACAGGUAAAGAAAACAAAUUUGGUGCUAAACUAGAACAGUCAAGUUCAAAUGUUUCAAAUCCUCGCAGUAAUAGUAACACUCCCAGAGGUGCAAUAGCUAAGGUUAACCUGAUGUCAGUGUUAGAUCGUCAUGCUGGAUCUCCCACCAACACAAACUUUAAUAAUUCAGCUGACACUCAGCAUCCAGUAAAAAAAGAUUAUACAGUGGAGUUGCCACCACAACAUUGUUUAUCAAAUGUAGAUGACAUCAAUUAUACCAAAGAUUUGAGAUCUAAUCAGUUAGAGAAGCGCAAAGAUGACUUGUGUCAAGAUAACGUUGGGGAGAUGCAGCUAGCUCCUCCAAGUUCACUUGAUGUCUCAAGCAUUGAUGCAAAUCAGAGAAACCUCCUGCAGGUCGAUGCCAGUAUGUUGGAGUUCAGUACCUCACUAGACACAUUUGAUGUUAACACCAGCGCUGCAGAUAAAUAUCUUACAAGUACCAUGCGAAAGGACUACUUUGGUGAAGCACCAAAUGAAAAUGAACACACAGUUGAUUUCCCAGUUAGUGGGUUCACAGACAAUGUUGCAGGCUGCUCGUCAAUUGCUAAACAAAUUCCAUUUGACAUAAGUGAUGGUCGGGAGAAUUUGAUGGACACAUCCCAGGAAAGCCUGUCACUGCAAGGAAACCAGUGUCAAAUAAAAGAUCUUUUUAGUGGAUCUAACAAAACGGAAAGUGUCCAACCAAUAGUAGCUCACCAUGAACCUGUUGAACCACUUUUGUUCAAAAUAACCGAUGAUGUGAUAUUACAAGAUGAAUGUAAUAUUAGGUCAUCAAGAUUUGACUUGGAAAUGAGCACGAUGGAUAGUAAUUAAUAUUCAGAUAACUAAGGACAGUCUAGGGAAUGUCAAUAGAGAUAUUCUUAAACCCCUGUCCAAACUAUCACAUUUUGAGAAAAACAUGACAUGCCUAAAUAUGGUCAUGAUGACAUCACAUCAUGACCAUAUAUAGGCACAUCAUGACUAUAUAUGGGCAUACAACAGUUUUUUGUCAAAGAAAAUUUGAUAGUCUGGACAGAGCUUUAAGUUCUGUCGUCAACUCUCAGAAGGUUUGUGUUACCCAUAUAUGGCCAUGAUGAUGUCGUCUUGCACCAAUAUAUGGACAUGAUGAUGUCAUCUCACACCCAUAUAUGGGGGAAUUACAGGUAUUUGUCACAAUUCUAAAUUGAUAGUGUGGACACGGCCUUACAGACUGAUAGAGUGAAAGGAAAGAUGGCUAUUGUAUGAACAGUGCUUAUGCUGAUAAACAGACACACACACCCAUGAAAAAUAUACAGGUACUGUAUAAAUAAUACAAGUGCCUUGCAGGCAGCAGAUAUUAUUGGCCAAACUGCUUUCCAACAAGCAUUUUAUGGGCAAUCCUAAAUUUAUUUCAUGAUUGUGUAUAGUACUUAAUCAUUCCUUCCAAUAUGUCUAUUUUAUUGAAUAUUGAGUUCAAAUUUAUCAUGAAAGAAUGUUCAUAUUUUUAAAGAAUUGUUAUACAGUUGAACUUGCCUAAGUCGAAUCCAAAAUGCCAUUGAAAAAUUGUUCAACUUAGAUAAUUUGGCUUACAGAUUGUUUAUUAAUGGAAAACACAAUUUAGCAAGUAAAAUAAGUAAGAUAAAUUAUUUGAGUAAAGAAAAGUCGACUUCGCCAAGUUUAACUGUAAUCUGACAAACAUAUCAUUAAGACAAAUAUUAAAAACAAUAUUAUGGAGUCUGCUUUUGAUAUAAAUCAAUUGUAAAAUUAGAUUCCUUGCACAUUUUUGUAGGUGAUCUUGUCCUGCUAAUCAUUUUGAAUUUGUCCCUUUUUUGAACGAUUGUCAAUACCAGACAUUUUGUGACAAGUGGACGAUUGCUAAUUAACAUUGCCAUUGGUAUUGGUGAGCUAUUAAGCUGGCUCUGACUAAAAAUUGGCUAUCAUUAAACUACUGUAGAUUAUUAAAAUUGUUUCUUGUAAUUUGCCAUACAAGCAAUGAAUUUCUGUAACAAAUCAAGACUUAAUCAAAAUAUGCCUACAUGGUCUUAUGAAAUAAUGUUAUCGAAAUAAUGGUAUCAAAUUCUUAUUUACUAAAAUUAGCAAGUGAUCAGGAUAAUCUUGUUAGUAACUUUACAAAGUUAAUAUAUUCACAAGAAAAAUUUGUUUUAAGUGGUGCUAUUGGACAGAUUCUUGUUUUCCAAAUGCUAAACAUUUAGGGAAUUAAAUUGGUCUGUUAAAUACCCCUUCCCCAACUGAUGGGGAAGGGCUGAAUUAACCCAAACAUAUCCAGGCAUGAAAAAAGAUUUAAGAUUGUUUAAUUGUACAUACAUUUCAUAUUUACAUAAUAAUCAUUGACUAUCAAUGCAAAAUAGUUUGAUAUACUAUUGUUUUUUAUUAAACAUUUCAAAUACAAACUCUGAUUUCAUCUAUUUUUGUAAUUUUUGACCCAUCAUUCAUUAAUAAUAAUAUUUUACUAUAUAAAUACUACAUUUUCAAAAUUCCACAACUUCCAGGACAUAAGAACUCAGCUCCCUUGAUGGCUAAUCCUGAUUCUUACUCUAGUAUGUAUAUUUACAUUGGGUCAUUCCAGAUUUCUGUAUGAAGUUUAU